CCUCAAUCAUGUCUAUAUUCUUUAAAGCACCGCUAGAUAUUGAAAUCAGGCUAGAUAACGAACAAUCCCGUAAAACAAUCGACGUGAAAACCCCGCAAGGAAGAUUAGAAAAAUUACCAGUCUAUCAAGAUGGUGAAAGUGUAAAAGGUUCAAUCACAAUUCGUACUAGAGACGGUAAAAAAGUCGAUCAUAUGGGGAUAAAAGUUCAAUUAUUAGGGGUCAUUGAAACAAACACCGACUCUUUAAUCUCAAAUGAAUUUCUUUCUUUGGCAACCGAGUUAGCGUCUCCUUCCCAAUUAACCCAUCCAGAAACUUAUCCUUUUGAAUUUAAAAAUGUCGAAAAACAAUAUGAAAGUUACAGAGGUAAAAAUGCUAGGUUAAGGUAUUUUAUUAAAGUCAUUGUAUCUAGAAAAUCCUCCUCCGAAAUAACAAGAGAAAAAGAAUUAUGGGUCUUUCAAUACAAUUCAUUAUCAAACUCUUCAGAGUCAUCUCAAAAUUCUUCCCAAUUAUCUAAAAAUAAUAUCCCUACAACUGUUAAAAUGGACGUUGGUAUAGAAGACUGCUUACAUAUAGAGUUCGAGUACCUGAAAUCAAGAUUCUCCUUGAAAGAUGUCAUUGUUGGUCGAAUCUUUUUCUUAUUAGUCAGACUUAAAAUUAAACAUAUGGAAUUAUCGCUCAUCAAACGUGAAACAGUGGGUCUGCCCCCAAAUCAAAUCACUGAUAGCGAAACUCUAGUAAGAUUCGAAAUCAUGGACGGGGCUCCAGUUAAAGGUGAAACAAUCCCAAUAAGAUUGUUCUUGGGUGGCUUCGAUUUAACCCCAACUUAUCGUGACGUCAAUAAAAAAUUCUCUACAAGAACUUACUUAUCGCUUGUCUUAAUUGAUGAAGAUGCAAGAAGAUACUUCAAACAAAGUGAAAUCAUUCUAUAUAGAGAUCAGUAAUUUGUAAAAUAAAACAUCCGUACAUCCGAAUGAAAAGGCCUCGAGUUCACACUUUUAGUCUGAAGGAAAAAGGAAAAAAGCA